AUGAAGAGGAUAAAAGGAAGAUUUUUUCCCAACAUUGUGCAUGCGGGCACCAAGAAGAAAGAUGCUCCAAAGUUCAUCACAACACACAGACCUCCAGAUGUGCUCAAGUCUGAACUGAUGUUUGUAAAAAGAGGAAAGCAUCCUCCAGGCCCUUACAUGAACCCCAAACCUCCGAACUUCAGACAGCUUGAUGAAGACCUUCCAGACAUGAUAACUACACGUGAGAGAGACCCUGGCAACUGGAAUUUUAAACUACAGCACUUAGACACAUUACGAACCACCAGAUCUGAGGUUGACUUUAGCUCCAGAGACACUAAGACACGGAUGGAUACUUUUAAACCAGCAGAGCCAACAUGGGAUCCUAGGCUUAUCCUUCCUCCACUGCCGUGGCCUCUAAAAUCUGCCUCCUACACUAGACACCAACGAAGAAGAGGAGCGUACACUGCCUUUUUGAACCGUGUGGAAGAGAAACUAAGUCAAUCCUGGAAUAUGAAAUCAUGA